GCCUCUAUGACAGCAAGGAGACCAAAGCAACAAUGAAGUCGCUCCGAUUCAUUAGUGCUGAAGUGUUCGUGUCAAAUGCAGAGUUUGCUAGGAAGAGUCUUGGCAGUGUUGCCCAUAAUCUUUUUCCUCUUCUUUUCAAAGCCAGCUAUUUACUGGAACAAGGGGAAGUGAUUCAUGACUUGGUAGAGAACUGGCCACUUGCUGACUUUAAUGUGGGAAAACUUUUGGGAAAAACCGUUGACUACCAGGAAGACCUGAGCCACAGAACCUGCUCGGUGUGCUUGGAAAGCUGUCUGACAGGGCUUAGAGACUAUGUGCUGAAUCAUCCUUCUCCCUAUAUGAAAAGGUUGAAAGUGGUGGACCUGACGGGUAUAAAAGAUGUUGAAGUUCAGUUCUGUGAGUGCAAGAAGCCAAUGGGCAGGUGGGCGAGGACACAGCUGCUCUCUAAGCUCUGUUUAGAACUGCUGGUCCACCUGCAACAAAUGCAGCAUAAUCCAGGUGCCUUGGAAAUCAGUAUUGAUGUGCUAAUUGACUUGUUUGUUACAGAGCAGAACUAUGAGCUGGUAGUGCAGGCCCUACUAAAGAAGUGCUCUUGUCCGCUGAAGAUUCACUGUGUGGCCUUCAGAGCUGACAACCUGGCUUUGCAGAAGUUUUUCUACAUUAUCAAGCUCACAGAUCCCUCUUUGCUGCGCAAGCUGGAAGUGGUUCACAAUGUUCGCUUGGAAAUGGAGCACUUGGAAAUGCUCUUCAACAGUAUCCACUUCCCUCUGCUGAUGUCCUUGACCUUGCCAGCACGAACAUUCAACGUGCGGAGGCUUACAGCUGCAGAUGAGCUGAUGCUUACUGCCAUUGGAGAAAAGAUGAGUGAAAUGACACAACUGACUGAACUGAGUAUGGCAUUUUCCAUACUCACGGGACGAAUACGGAAACUGCUCAGCCCACUGAAAACCCCACUGAAGGUGCUGGAUGUUUCCAACUGCUCACUGAAUCAUGCUGAUAUGGCCUAUUUAGCCAAUAGCCUCCAUUCAAAUCACGUAGAAGUCCUGGACCUGAGUGGGCAUAAUAUUCCUGACUUUUACCCAUCAACGUUCUUCAAGCUUCUCAGCCAUUCCUCUUCAGUGCUCAGGAGUCUCAUCUUGGAGGAAUGUAACAUCCAAGACGCUCAUGUCAACAUGUUGAUUUUAGGCUUGCGCCCUUGUCGGAAACUACAGGAGUUUAAGUUUCUUGGAAACCCCCUGUCAUCCGAAGCACUUAAACACCUUUUCAUGUUUUUCUGUGAGCUGCCAAUGCUGAAAAAUGUGGAGUUCCCAGUUCCAAGGGACUGCUAUCCUAUUGGCAUCACCUACCCAAUUGAUGAUGCCAACCUCUGCAAUUUUGAUCACCAAAAAUAUGAAAGUGUAGCAGAGGAGCUUAAACUCAUCUUACUACAAGCAAACAGGGAGGGUGUGAAGGCUUCAACUCCACUCUUUGGCAGUUACGAUGCAGCUGUUGAGGAGACAAACAAUGAACUGGGAGCUUACUUGAUGAAGUCCUUCAAAGAGACUUUAGAAAAGUUCACUAACUCUCUUAAAGAAAUGAGUUGAAGUUGAAACAAUAGUAGUGAUAAGAUGCUCUGCCAAAUGAGAAGCUAAUUUAGUCUUUACCAAAAUUGUACCUGCAUUGAUCAGUUUAGUUUACUCUGUAAUUUCUGGGCUGAAUUUACUUCUGCUUGAAUAGCCUCAGUUUAUCAUCUGAGGUAUUUUAACUAUACUGUCCCUAUUGCACACCACUUAAGCACCACUUGGUUUCAAAAGAGGAGAGGGUUUUUUAACAGCUUAUGAUUUUACACUAAAGCAUUUUGUUACCCAUUAAAACAAGAUGGCUGAGCUUGGCUGAUUUGUUUUCCUAGUUUCCUCUGAAUUUGGCCAUAAGGCUUGCAGCCCUACAGAAAAGGUAGGAAAGGCCUUUCUCAAGCCCUGCAGGAUGUCCAAAUGACUGGGCGCCCAUCCUCAGCCAUGGCUUCCUAAACCAAUUCUUGUUUUUGCCCUUAGCCUUCCAAAUGCCACUAAGGAGGUCACUUCAUCCUUCUACAGUUUGUUCACAAUAGUGGAUCAUUUCUAACAGCCUGCAUGUCCCUGUACAGCUCUUUCUUCUGCAAAGAUGAGUAUGAUAAACAUCUUUUUGCAUGGGGAAUUACAGAGGUUGUCUAAUGCAUGGUGGUGCUGAGGAGUAAAGCAAACCAAAUGGUUGGCUGGCAGAAGGGGACACCCUCCCAGCAAUACAAAGCAGCCUGUGAUGACUCUGCUGAAGCCCUGGCACACUGCGUUUUACAAAGGUGUACCAGGACAGUGCUGCACAGCCAUGCUUGUGAGGUCAGCAGGUAAGUUGGCCUCAAGCUGUUCCGUCUGUGGAAUCAGCUUCUUGGCUGGUAGAAGGUACCCUGUUGCUUGCAUCUCUUUUAUACAGUGUUUAGGACAGUAGUAGAUGAUGCAUCAAUAUCAAGCUUGGGCACAAACUUGGAAGAAAAGAGUCAAAAGCUAAUUUCAAAAUUGUAGAGGAGGAGGAGGCUGGUUGCUGAAUGGUCAAAAGCUCAGCUGCAUAAAAUGCUGCCAUCUUCUAUCAAGACUGAGUAUUGUCAUGCUACAGAAUUGCAACAAAUGCCAGGAGGAAUCACAUAUAUCUGGCAGGCCCUGGUGCGAGAAAUGUGUAUGGGUGAAGAGUAGUUAGAGCCCCAGAUUCCCACACACUGUGCUGUAAUGUAUGCAAGUUGGCCUCUGGGGGUCAGCAUGAAGUAACAGGGCCACAAAACAAAUCCGGGGGAGGUCUGGGGGGGACCGU